AUGACAGAAACCGUUGUGACCCUUGUCAUCAAUGAGCUGGUUCAGUUGAUCGCUCAUGAAUCAAAAUUGUUAAGGGGUGUACACCGAGAUGUUGUACACAUUAGAGAUGAACUUGAGAGCAUCCAGUGCUUCCUCAAACAUGCAGAUAGAGAGGACCUCCAAGAUGGCGUCAAAACAUGGGUGAAACAAGUGAGAGAAGUAGCCUAUCAUAUAGAAGAUGUAAUUGAUGAAUACGUUCUUCACGUGGCACAACAUCGUCAUCAGCAAAGUUUUAUUGCUUUCCUCCAUAAAAUUGGCCACUUAUUCAAAAAAUUAAAACCACGUCAUGACAUAGCUACAAAGAUUCAAGAUAUCAAAAUAUCAAUCCGUGAAAUCAAGGAAAAAAGUGAAAGAUAUGGUUUUAGUUCCUUAGAGCAAGGAUCAAGUAGUAGUGAAUCUAGUGUUACAUGCCAUGGCCCUAGAGUGGGUGCACUUUUCAUUGGGGAAGAUGAAGUUGUGGGCAUUGAGUCUACAAGGGAUGAGCUUGUAAGCUGGUUGGUGGGGGGAGUAUCUAAACGAUCUGUUAUUUCAGUUGUAGGCAUGGGCGGAAUUGGUAAGACAACUCUUGCUAAGAAAGUAUAUGAGAAUGAAUUAGUGAAAGGACAUUUUGACUGCCGUGUUUGGAUCACAGUGUCUCAGUCAUACAACGUCCAAAAGAUACUCAUGUCCAUGACAAAGAAAGUCUACUGUGAAAAUGAAACCGCUCCAGGGCAAAUAGACAUGAUGGACGAGAUCACAUUAAUCAGCCAGCUGAGGAAAUAUUUACAACAAAAGAGUUAUGUUGUGGUUUUUGAUGAUGUUUGGAAGUCAGAGUUUUGGGAAAUUGUGAAACGUGCUUUACCAUGCAAUGACAAAGGGAGCAGGAUUAUUAUAACAACAUGCAGUGAUCUCGUUGGUGUAUCUUGUAAAGAAUCUUUAUUCGAUCAGGUCCACAAGCUACAACCUCUGUCUCAAGACAAGGCUUGGGAAUUGUUUUGUAGAAAGGCAUUCCAGUCCGAGUUUCAAAGGUGUUGUCCCAAAGAGUUGGUGAAACUGUCAAUGGACAUUGUCAAAAAAUGUGAAGGCCUAACACUUGCAAUUGUUGCCAUAGGUGGUCUUUUGUCAACAAAGGAAAACGUGCCAUUAGAAUGGAAAAAGUUGCAUGAUAGCCUUAGUUUUGAGCUAGAAUGUAAUCCACACCUUACAAGUGUAACAAAAAUUCUCUCUCUUAGUUAUCAUGAUCUUUCGUGCUACCUAAAGUCUUGUUACUUGUACUUCGGCAUUUUUCCAGAGGACUACUCAAUCACAAGUACAAGAUUAGUUUGGCUAUGGGAAGCUGGGGGAUUCAUAAAAGGAAAGAAGGGAAAGGCAUUGGUAGACGUAGUUGAAGAAUACUUAAUGGAGCUCAUCCACAGAAACUUGGUUCAAGUUUCAUUUGGGGAGUUGGAUUAUGAGAUAAUGAGAAAGUAUAGAAUCCAUGAUCUGCUACAUGAAACCAUCCUAUCGAAGGUUGGAGAGUUGGAUUUCUCUCAAGUUCUAAAAGCAGGCGAUACUACUUUCCUUGGUAAAAGUCGGAGCCUAUCAAUCCACGAUGCUAGAGAAAAUGUUUUUGAGACAAUUGAGUACUCUCGUGUCCAUUCUAUUUUUUUCUUCAACAUUAAUGAAAUGCCCCGGUCUUUCAUGGUUAAAUUGUUCAAAAAGUUCAAGCUUUUGAAAGUGUUAGAUUUUGAAGAUGCUCCUAUUGAUUAUCUUGCUCAAGAAGUGGGUACUUUAUUCCAUAUGAAGUACUUAAAUUUGAGGAGAACAAAAGUGAAGAUACUUCCAAAUUCAGUGGGUAUGCUACAAAACCUUCAGACACUAAAUCUUAUGGAAACCCCAGUGCGUGAGCUACCAAUUGAGAUAUUUAGGCUUUAUAAGCUACGACAUAUUAUUGCUCAUUCUCAUGACUUCGAAAUUAAAAGUAGCCUUUAUUCGAUACGAGGAGUAAAAGUACAUGAAGGGGUUGGAUGUUUAAACGAAUUGCAGGACCUAUCAAUGAUUGAGGCAAAUCAUCAUGGGGUUGGUUUAUUUGAAGAGCUCGUAAAGUUGAGUCAGUUAAGGAUGUUGGGCAUUUCAAAUAUGACUGCAGAACAGGAAUAUCCACUGUCGUGUGUCCAAGCUUUGCCAAAUCUAAUUACCAUUUCCUUCAAUCAUGAGUAUGAUGGGGAGCAACUGCAUUUUGAGGGAGGUUUUAGAAAACUCAAGAAGCUCACCCUCAGAGAGAUGGAAAAAUUAAAGAUAGUGGAAAUAGACAAAGGAUCACUGUCCAGUCUUGAGCAACUAGAGAUUUGGCCAUGCCCGCAAAUGAAGGAGGUACCCUCUGGAAUCCAAUACCUUGAAAGCCUAAAGCUUAUCGACUUCUAUGAAAUGCAGAGAGAAUUUGUGCUACGUAUGCAGCCUGAUGGAGGCGAAGAUUAUUGGAAAGUCAAGAAGGUAACUACUAUCCGUCUCAGGUAUAGGAUUAAAGGAGAACAAUAUCAAAUAUACAAGCUCGGUGACUCGGACUUAUUGGAGCGUCUGCAAGGGUCAAUCUUGGGGGAUCAAACUACCAUGUAG